AUGGACAGCGGCGGCGGGCGGCACAGCAAGCGCAAGUCGGCGCCGGAGCGGCUGCCCCAGGGCGCGGGCGGGCUCAGCAAACAGGCCAGCGGCGACGCCGCAGCCUCCCUGCAGCGCGUUGCCAGCCCCGCCGAGCGCGCGCUGCGCCACGCGCUGGGCGGCGCCAAGGUGCGGCGCUGGGCCGCGGCGGAGUGGCACUACUCCAGCCUGGACCGGCCCUACUUCAUGGCGUCUGACAUGGCCGCUUACCUGGGGGCGCUGCAGGUGCCGCCCGACGUCAAGCUCGCGCGGCCCGAAUGGUCGGUGCUGCGCGGCGCGCUGGGCAGGCCGCGGCGGCUCAGCCUCGGGUUCCUGCGCCAGGAGCGGGCGCGGUUGGAGCUGUACAGGGAGUCUGUGCGCAAGGCCUUCGUCGACGCCGGCGGCGGCAGCCUGCCGCCGGAGAUGCCGCGCCCCCUGCGCGUCGGGCAGCCCGUCGUGGCGCGCCACCCGGUGACGCGGCGGCUGGCCAACGGCAUCAUCCUCACGAUGCAGCCCAGCAGAUACCGCGUGCAGUUCAACAGGAGCGACCUGAUGACCGAGGUGGUGCGCGACACGGACGUCGCCGCAGCAGACCCCUUCGAAUCCCUGCCGCCCGCCCUGCCGGUCCCCCCCUGGUCCCGCUUCGCCACCCCGCGCCCCCUCCCGCCUAACCCCGCCAUCCCGAAGCUCUCCCUGGGCCCGCCGAUCGGCGCCACCGCCGCCACGGGCGCGCCCGUCGUCGCGCCGGCGCCGGCGGUCGCGAGGCGCAGGGGCGCGCCCGGGGGGCCGUGGGCGGCGGGCGGCGCGGCGGCGGUGCCGGUGGUGGACGAGGCGCAGGGGCGGGAUGACUCAGAGCUGCUGGAGCAAAUUGAGGGCCUCCUGUCCCGCAAGGACGCCGCACUGGACCGCCUGCGCGCCCUCAAUGCCACCGCGGAGGCGGGCGCGCACUUGGACGGCGACUCUGGGCGGCCCUCUGGCGAGUUCCAGGAUUCGUAUGCGUGCGCCCUCGCAGAUCUGGAGAUCGUGAACGCCGAGAUCGCGUCCGCCAUGAUCAAGCUGUCGCCGCGGCGGCAUUUGAACGGGCCCGUCGCGCCGCUCAGGCAGGCGGUGGCGGCGCACCAGCAGCAGCAGCAGCAGCAGCAGCAGCAAGCCGCGGCGGCAGCGGCCGCGGCGGCAACGGGGCUGGGCCGUGGAGCUCCAUCUGUGGGGCCGCUGGCAGCGGUGGAGGCGGUCAUGUCGGAGGCCGCGGUUCGCGCGAGGCAGCUGGUGCGCUCGCACAGCUCCCAAAACGCGCCCGCACCCGCACCGGCGGUAUCCGGCCAGGACCAGCAGCAUCAGAAGCAGCAGCUGCAAAGGCAGGCGGACGAGGCGGCGAUAGAGGAGCUCAUCGCUUCAUGCGUGGGCGUCCUCAUUGCCGCCAAGCUGGCGACAGCUGCGGGCGCCGGCGGUGCCCCGGACGCCACUCCUGCGCUGGACGGCCCCGCCUUCCUCCAGCAGCAGCAGCAGCAGCAGCAGCAGCAGCAGCAGCAGCAGCAAAGCAUGCCGUUGGGCGCCGUCUGGGCGGUGCUCGACUCGGCGCUGCAGCGGCUCGCGCCGCGGGCGCCCGGCAGCGCGGCGGCGUUUGCGAACGUGCGAGCGGCGAUCGAGUCCCUGAAGCACCAGCUGGCCGGCUUUGGCUGA